UUGCGUAGUUAUCAGUUAGAUUCCUGGCCUUAUCUUUACUUAAAUUCCGUGACUUUAUCAGUCAUUGACCUUCGUUUCAGAGUAAACAACGACUUUCAAUGGCGAUAGUGAUACUGCCAGUGUUGCUGGUUGGAUUAUUUGCCUUUGCAGAUACGAGUGCCAAGUGCGACCCGGGAUGGUUUGCCGUAGGAGACACGUGCUAUGUCGUCAUCCCUAUGCCGAAAAACUUUAUCGAGGCCAUUGCGCUGUGCAAGACGGACGGGUUCCAGGCGGACAUGGUACAGCUGGAGACCAUCCAUGAGAAAAUGCAGCUCGUUGCGCACAUGAAGAACACGUACGAGCUGAUAUUCACGGGUCAGAAAUUCUGGGUGGGUGCCAAGGGCGCACAGUCCGUUUUCCUGUGGAACUCCGGACUCCCGGUUACCUACCCUGAUUUCAUGGACGGCACGGGCCAAGGGGUCGGUUGCCUCGCCUUCGGCACGACGACUCUGGAUAAGUACGCCGUGGUGCCGUGCACGGACUCGAAUCUUGUCAUAUGCGAGAAGAGUGGAAAUUCUACCAGCAGUGCCACAACGACGCCCUCCGGAUGAUCAACGUUUGCAUUCGAUUGCGAGAACAAUGUAUAAAAAAAUGUAUGCAAAUAAAACUGGAAACACA